AUGGUGAGGACUGGCCUCCUCCCGCACACCGUGCCGCCUGCCUCGAGCGCACAUAAACCUCCGACCGCGCGAGACAUACCCCCCGUGGCGCUCACGAACAUACCACAUGUCGAAGCAUCCGAGUUUACCUCGUACCUGUCGCAGGUUGGCCCUUUGUACGAACAGCUGCGGCGCGCGCAAGCGAAUGAGGACCAGGGGGCGGGCAGCGCACAUCGUCGAGGGAACAAGCCGGACGACUACCCCGAAGCCCUAGAUGAAGGCCAUUUGCGACCAGGCAGGCGGCUGGGGCUAUCAUCAAGACGAACAUCGACUGCGUCGCUAAGCUCCCUAUCCUCCAUUGAAACCGCCUCGGCCCCGCUGCGGUCAAGUUCGCGUCCGAGAAGGGGACCAGCACAGGGACCCCCUCCGCUCUCCACCAUACCCACCGUAUACUUUGACGACGACUUCCACCUGGAGAAUCCACGAACAUUCGAUGUCGUUAGCGAGCGCUCCGAAGUGGUGCGGCCGGCGCCAGGCGCCGACGGGAAGGCUGCGUCUAACGGCCAGGCCGUCGCGCCCCGUAAGGCCUUAGCGACGAAUGCUAUCCUACAGGAGAAGCUGUCAUGGUACAUGGAUACUGUUGAGAUGCAUCUCAUUCAGUCCAUAUCCACCGCAUCCACCACUUUCUUUACCGCCCUCGGCUCGCUUCGAGAACUACACUCUGAAGCGGCGGACUCGGUAGAAAGGAUCAAGGCACUAAGGAAGGAACUCGAAGCUCUUGAUGAAGAGGUCGCGAUUGGUGGUCUGAAUCUUGUCCAGCAGCGCAGGAAAAGAGAGAACAUCAAGCAGCUUCAUGACACCGUUAUGCAACUAAGAGAGAUUGUCGACGCCGUUGCCGUCUGCGAGUCUCUAGUCGAUGGUGGCCAGGUCGAUGAAGCUCUUGACAAUAUCGAUGCCGUCGAGAACCUUAUGGCAGGCGAGGUGUCGGGGACCAACCAGCUUAGUAUCCAACUAAGGGACCUCAGGGGGGCUACCGCGCUCCAGGGCGUGAGCAGCGACUUGGACACGCUUCGGCUACAGAUUGGGAAAUCCUACGAAGCCAAAUUUCUCACUACCCUGCUUACAGACCUUCAGAAUCAUGUCGAGCAAGUGUCUUUCCAAGAGGUUCUGAUGCGCUGGAGUAGUGCCUCGGCGCGAACACGUGGAACUCACAGCCGUGAACCUUCUGCCUUCCCGGCAUACAUGGCGGGAACAAACCUGAUACGGACAGAGCUUCUCACCAGCCUCACGGGUUUGCAACGUGCAAAGCAUCUCACAGCUGCGGCUACCGCGUACCGGGAAGCGGCACUGCGCGAGAUUAGAACCAUCAUCCGACGGCAGAUGCCCAGCUCUAAUGACGAUGACAAUGAAUCGCUCAUGUCCACGUCCACAAGAACCGGCGGCAACCAACGCUCCCAGCAAGAGAGGUCGAUCAUUCUAGCCCGUAACCUACGCGCUCUCGAACCUCAAGAUGCCGAGAAGUUGUUGACCAACGUGUACAUCGGCGUGGCUGAGGCUUUGAGGAGACUAAGUACUCAAGCCAAGGUUCUUCUGGAUGUGGCAAGUUCCAUCGGCGAGCCGCCCAUACCAUCGGGUGCCCGAUCUCCGCUCCAGUCACCUCCCUUUAGCCCUACAACAAGGCAGGCGUCAGGCGCCGCUCGGGAGGCCCAGGAAGAAAUCCACAUGGGGCUAGACAUUGCGAAUCUUCUGGGGCAGGCAGUUGACGUGGCGCACGAAAAGAUCGUAAAGGUACUGCGUGUGCGAUCAGAACAGAGCAAGCGGUUGGGUCUCCUCUGGUUCCUGCGAUAUUUCACGCUCAACCUCCAUUUUGCCAAUGAAUGCGAGGCCAUUUCUGGGCGCAGCGGUACCACGUUAAAGACGGUCGUUAACGGCCACAUCAAGGAUUUCAUCCAAUAUCACGGGGACGCCGAAAACCAGAAGCUUGCGCAGGGCAUGGAAUCGGAUCAGUGGAACUCAGCCGAUUUCAGCGAGAAGGAUACGGAACUACUUGGCCGAAUUCUGGAGAGCAGCACCAGCGAUGCCGUUACCUGGACGGAGGGAAAUCAAAUAUGGAUCCCGCACCCCGACACGGAAAAGGCAGGCGAAGAGGUUGACGUGCUGUCAGUCCAAGCAAACGGAACAAGCAAGACCAAAACUAGGAGUGCCGUGGUCGACUCGGAAAGCUACCUGCUCCCCAACUCUGCCAUCUCGUGCACCGGUGCAACACGUACCGCCGGGCUCAAGAACAUAACAACAAAACACCUCGCCCUAGCUUCUCAAUCCCUUGCUUUUAUCGCAGCCAUCAUUCCGCAUGUCCGCGAAUUUGUUCGCCGGCAUUGCGGCUCAGGACCGGCCACGUCGAGCGUUAUGGGCGAAUUUGACAAGGCCAGGCGAGCGUUCCAGGAGCACCAGAACAAUAUCUACGACAAACUAAUCGAAAUUAUGAGCGGGCGCGCCCUGGCUGGUACCAAAAAGCUGAAGGCCAUCAGUUGGGACCAGGAAUCCAAACCCGUGGUGAACGAGUACAUGGAGACGCUGGCCAAGGAAACCAGCAUCCUGCACCGCAACCUGACAAAACACCUCCCUGAGGGCACUGUGCGCAUGAUCAUGAUGCCCGUGUUCAAAAACUACAAAGACACAUUUGGCGCGGCGUACCAAGCCGCGGAGCUCGAGACGGAGCAGGGCCGGGGGAGGAUGCUGCGGGAUGUUGAGUUUUUCCAGUCUCGCCUGGGCAAACUCGACGGGUUCGAGGACGCUGGCGAUUAUCUGCUCAAAGUUAUCAGGGGCAAACAAAUCAUUGCCCCUCCUCCACCCCCAGCACCAGCACCAGCGCCAGCGCCAGAACCCGCCCCACCAUCACCGGCACCGCCUGCCGCUGAAUCUCCAAACGAAGGCCAAAACGGGGAAAAAUCGAUAGAAGAGCAGUCUCCGGAACCGCAAGCGCAAGCUGGGGCGGGGGCGCAAGCGGAGAAGAACGGGGAGUCCAAUGAUGGGAACAAGGCGUAG